AUAAGUUCCCGCUGAUGCUCCAGGGUUCCUUGUGCAGGGAAACUUUGUGUCCAGAACGGGAGGUGCGGAAACGAGUUGUACAGUCAAUAUUAACUGUGCACGUCAGCCUGGAUAGCAGGCUUUCAUUGUUCUCUUGUUCCCGCUCACUGAGACAAUCCUUCCCGAUUUGAUCUCUGUCUAGGAUAUAUUUCAGAAAGCGUUGGGCCGGAUAUUAGAGUUGGGCGCCGGAGGCUUACCCUUUCUCCCUCUACUCAGGCCUGCAGCCCACUACAUUACCACUGCGCUAUCUGUCUUCAUUCGAAGAUGAUGCCAUCCACAACCGAGAAGGUGAAAAAACCACCACCACUCAAGAAAAGACACACAAAACCCUGCAAGUUCUUUCAGAUCGCACAAUGUCCCAAGCCCGCUGAGGAGUGCAACUUUGCUCACGUCAUCGGUCCGACACCAGUGAAUCGAAGCUCCAAGGCGUGUCGUUACUUCCUAUCGGGGAGUUGUUCGAGCGGGCUGUGGUGUCGAUUUGUUCACCCUGCGGACCCUGAUCUCCCUUCUAUGAGCGACAAACUAGCAGAUAUCAAAAGAAACGAUGUUCGCUACCCGUACAAACAGCUCCUUGAAAACCAGUCAGCAGCGGAGGAGUCGUCACCUCAUUACCCGUGCUACGUAGCUUCUCCUCCGCCCUUUCCCGGAGUCUAUGUCGGAGCACCGCCGCUGUGGUCGCCGCCUCCCCCACAUCUCCCAGACCAAUGCUAUUCUCUGGCUCUGCCGACCUCGCCGAUUAGCUCGCCUUCCGAUGAGACCGCGUCUUUGGAGAAAGAUCGCGACGGUCAUGAUUAUAAGAAUCCUAUUAUUGUCCCCGCUCACGGCCAAACCACGAUCGUUUCUCCUUGCUUUGCUCCUAACGCAUUUAAUUCGAGCCAUCCUGCCUCCGCCCGACAGAGCUUUCAGACGUGUGCCACGGCAUCACUGAAAUACAAAACGAAACUUUGUAGAUACUACAAAGCGGAUCGCCGGUGUCCGAAUGGUGAUUCCUGCGGAUUCAUCCAUGAAGAAAUCGGAGAGAAGAAAACGACGGUAGAACGGCCGCUGUUGAAUAAUGAUCUGCCCCCCAAGCCCACGUCUUUGAAGGAAGAGAACAUGAAAAGAGGAUACUUCCCCGUGUCAUGGCGCGUGAUUGGCGGUGGGGUCCUCAUGGGAAUGAGCCCUAAUCAUCCGCGGUCAAAUACCCAUGGAUCUACAACUGUGACCCUAGCCUACGAGAAUGCAAGCGACGUUGACUCGGAUAAAACCUCCGACGUCGAUGUCGACGAGACGCGUGAGGACUUAGACCCAGAGCUUGUACGGCCCGUACCGCUGUCGCUCGAUCUGAAGGGGUCACCCCACGGAUUCGAGCUAUUUCUAUUCCUGCCACGCCUACGAUGGCUCAUAUACAGACGGUGACAUUUCUCCGCCGAAUCGUGAUGGAUGACUGUACACCGACGUGUCCAUGCAUUUUUUUCGA